AAGUAAAUCUAUCGUUAUCGAUUUGUUGUUGCCUAACCUAUUUCAUUCAAUUUAAAUUGAAUUGAGUAUCCUAUGAUUAUGUAGUAUUAUUUUGAACGGGAAACGCGAAUGUCACAUAAUACUUAGCGUAUCAUUAUGAUCGAAUCUUAUAAAGAAAUAUUUUUAGCCGUGUGUUUAUUAAUUUUACCAUUGUUGUAUAAAACCAGUGAUGUCUCGAGAUAUUACUUGAAGUAUACUAUUUACAUUUCAUAUUGCAUGUUUGUUGCUCUUAUUCUUAUUCCGUUUUUCUGCUUAAGACCACGAAAUAUUAAAAAUCUAGAAAUAUCAGGUCGCAUUUGCAGUUUUGCAUCUACAUUAAUAUCACUUAAAUACGAACUGAGAAAUACACAAUACAUUGCAGAGGAUAAAUCAUACAUUAUCGUAUCAAAUCAUCAAAGCAUGUUAGAUAUUUUAGGAAUGUUUCAUUUGUGGCCUAUUAUGAAAAAAUGCAAUGCUAUAUCCAAAAAUGAAGUAUUCUACGCAUGGCCUCUUGGAUUGGGUGCAUGGCUAUGUGGGCUAAUUUUCAUUCCUAGAGACAAUGUUGAGAAAUCCAAACAAAUCAUGACGGAGACUUGUGAAAAAAUCAAGAAAGAAAAGACCAAGCUUUGGAUUUUUCCAGAAGGUAAAAGAUUUUCAGAUGGAAAAAUACAUCCUUUCAAAAAAGGUGCCUUUCACUUAGCAAUAAGCUCUGAAUUACCUAUAUUACCUGUCGUGUUUAAUCAAUACUCUUUUUUGGACCACAAAAAGAAAACUUUUGAUCCAGGUACUGUCAUUGUGACCAUACUGCCACCCAUAUCAACUGCUGGAAAGACAUUGGAUGAUUUAGAAGAUGUUCUUGAAGAUACACAUAAGAAAAUGAGUACCACUUUUUAUGAGGUUAAUAAAGAAUACAGAAGUUGAAAAAAUUCUAGUCACUGACCAAUUACAUGAAUUCAAUUCUUUUUAAUUUAAAUAUUUGUUAUCUUUCAUCAUGUGUAAGUAUUCCAUAUAUGUACAUUUAUAUGGAGAAGUUGGAAUAUUUUCGUUUUACAAUUUCAAAAUACUAAUAUCAGUAUUAUAGUUUUUUGUUACUUAAUCCAAAUACAAUAUAAAUAAAUUUUUAUUUUUUUCCGAAUUUGUUGCAAUAGGACAUGAAAUUAAUGUCAACUUAUUAGUCAUCUGCGGUUCACACUUUGUUACUGUUUUCAUGUCAUUUAUUGUCUAAUUCUUUUGUUGUCUCAACUCCACUUAUAGUUAAUGAAAAAAAUAUAUCAAAUCUUCAAGAAACAUAAGACAUGAAAGGUAGCAAUCAAACUAGAUACAAAGAUAAUUUUGUUAGGUCUAAUUAAGUAUUGCUUGAAUGAAGUUUUGGAAUCAAUGUUUGUAUUUUUGGAAAAGUUUUUCAUCACUGAUCAUAAAUUAUAAGUUUUUAAAUGAAUUUUGAACAGGUUAUCUAUGGAGUUCUCUGUAAUAUAUAUUUUGAUACUAAUACUCACUUAUUGAAUAUAAUAAAUAUUUUAUGAGACAUAA